AUAUGCCUCAAAAAAUAAAAAAUAUAAACUAAUUUAUGAAAUCAAUAUUAUCAGAUGCCGUUAGUAAACAGUGGUGAGGAUUGUGACGGGAGUGUCUAGGUGGAGCUGUUUUAUCUUUAAUUAUCUCAACCAUCCCGAGUCACCUGAGCCCCAAUGGAGCAAGAGGAACUGCAGUAUGAUGAAGGGGUCGAUGCUGGCGAGGGUGGAGAUGAGAACUUUGUGGGCGGGGGAGAGGAUGAUCACCAGCUGAACGACACAGACCAGUCCAUAGAAACAGAAUUGGAAGCCAUUAAAGCUCGGGUCAGGGAGAUGGAAGAGGAAGCAGAAAAAAUUCGUCAAAUUCAGUCAGAAGUCGACAAACAGAUGAACUUGGGUUCACCUCCGGGUGCUGCUGGAGCAACUUCCCCACUCAAUAUGUCUCUGGAGGAGAAGAUGGAAGUGGAUGCACGGUCUAUAUAUGUUGGUAAUGUUGACUAUGGAGCUACAGCAGAGGAACUUGAGCAACAUUUUCAUGGCUGUGGUGCAGUAAACAGAGUUACUAUACUUUGUAACAAGUAUGAUGGUCACCCAAAAGGCUUUGCGUAUAUUGAAUUUGCGGAAAAAGAUUCGGUACAGAUGGCUAUGGCACUUGAUGAGUCACUCUUCAGAGGAAGACAACUGAAGGUUAUGCCUAAGCGUACAAACAAGCCAGGGAUCAGUACCAGCAAUCGACCUCCUCGGGGUGCGAGAAUGGUUGGACGUGGACGUGGACGUUUUUAUGCUGGUUAUCGACCUAUGAGACGGCCAACCAGGGGACGGAGGUUCUACUACAGCCCUUAUUAAUGGCCGCAUGUGGAGGAAAUGCGGAAACAGGUGGUUGCAGAUCCAUACUUCCGUAAUUGCUUUACUUAAUAUCAGUUUUUUGUUUUUUUGUUUUUUUGCAAAGGCUUUUUCCUGUGAAGGUAUUAAUAUUACCCUUGACCGAUUCCCUCUUUUCUGGUAAUUUGUGGUAAAUAAUAAGACAGUUUAUAACUUAAUUUAUUAUGUGAGUGGGGUGUAAAUUUCUGAUAGGGGGGGUGGGGGGCUUUAGGUAGUUUUAUUUAUUUUUUUUUAUCUUUAAUUUCCAGGGGUCUUCUUAUUCUCGCUUUGGUUGCUACUGGACACAGUUGUAUGUGUCAUGACAAAAAUAACUUUUCCCCCUUUUUUUUAUAUGGGUUGGGUAGAUAUGGAAGUUAAUGUGACUUGAUCAGCUGGUGUUUAAUACUUAGUGAUUAAUGCAGUAUUAGUAGUGUGUAUAAUCCCUGGAUAGCCUUGACAAUAAGUUGGUACUCAUAAUGAAAUAUAAUUUUGUAAGAUUCAAAGCACAACACUUGUGCAUAAGUAGGAUAAUUGCUGAUCUUGUCACAGGUUGGAAUGGGAUUAGAUUUAGUGGUAAGCCUAUCUAACCCUUCCUUUUCAGCUCUGCAAUAAAGGCAAUCACAGGGAUUUCAUAUUUUUCAUGUUGAAGCAUGUAGUAGACUCAUGUAAUUUCAGCCAUAAAUAUCAAAUACUCCUUGUCUCUGUCGCUGUGUGUGUCUCAUCAAAAGGGUUUGGAAUUACAUGAGAUAAGUACUAAUAAUUUAUAGUGACUGGUCUUCUUUUGACCUAAAUUUGCUCACCUGUGAUUGCCUGGCAUCCCCAAAGGAGGUUGGAGAUUUAAAAAAAAAAAUGUAUCAAAAUAAGUUAAUGAAUAAAAAAAAAGCAAUUUUUGACAAAAAAAGAUUAAAAAGAUUCACAAGGGAAAAUAUACAGAUUAGAUAAAAAAAAAGAUGUUAAGGUCAGAAAAGAGGAACAUUGUAAAGACAUUAAUAAAUGAAUUGUUAAAU